AUGUGUACGAAUACUCACCCGUCUCUCAGACAUGACUUGAAUUACAAGACUUGGCCCAUAUUUACCAAAGAUAAUGCACCCGACAGUAAUGACCAGAAGAAUAAUUACGGUCAGCACCCCUUCUAUACAGUACUUGAAAGUAAUGGCAAUUCUCACGGAAUUCUAUUACUUAACAGCAAUGCUAUGGAAUACACACUAAUGCCGGCGCCGGCGAUGUCUGUGAAGACAAUCGGAGGAAUAUUGGAUUUCUUUGUGUUUAUCGGCGAUAAUCCCGAACAUACAAUCGGAGGAAUAUUGGAUUUCUUUGUGUUUAUCGGCGAUAAUCCCGAACAUGUCAUACAGUUAUACACUUCACUCAUUGGGCGCACAUUUAUGCCCUCGUUUUGGGCGUUUGGGUUUCAAAUAUCCAAAUAUGGUUACCAUAACACCAAUCAAGUGAAAGCUGUGGUCGAGCGACAGAUUAAACAUCAGAUCCCAUAUGAUGUUCAAUAUAUUGAUAGCGAUUAUAAAUUCUGGUCACGAGAUUUCACUAUCGAUCCAAACUAUUUCAAAGAUUUGCCACAACUUAUAACAGAGACUCAAAGCAAAUUCAAUCUCCAUUGGACUCCAAUCAUAGACCCGGGUAUUCAAGGAAAUGAACCAAAUUAUUCAAUAUUUCUCGACGGAAACAAUCAAAAUGUAUUUGUAAAGUGGCCUAAAAGUGUUCCCAUACAAGACAGGCAUAAUCCCGAUAAUAUAGAUGUCACUCACGAUAACAUGUAUGGGCGGGUAUGGCCUCCCGGACCCGUUGCCUUUCCCGAUUUCAUGAAGAAUGCGACCCAAAACUGGUGGAUAAAUAACUUCAAACAUUUGUACUCUAUUGGAUGGAAAUUCAAUUCACUUUGGAUUGAUAUGAAUGAGCCCGUGUCGGUCGAAUUUGGCACAGGCUUUAAUAUCACGUGCCCUCACAAUCAAUAUGAUAAUAUUCCCAUUGAAAUAAAGGCUCUUUGGGUCCAUAACUUCGAGCGCUUGAGUAGACAAUCAAUUUGUAUGAUUGGAGUGCAGGGAGAGUCGGGUCAAUACAAACACUAUGACGUCCACUCAUUAUAUGGUCUAUCGAUGGCUAUUCCCACACAAAAGGCAUUGAAUGAGAUAACAGGAAAGAGAGGUUAUGUAUUAUCGCGAUCAACAUUUGUAUCGUCGGGACAAUACACGGGUCACUGGUUGGGAGACAACCGAAGCAAAUGGUCUCAUAUGAAGGACUCAGUGAUAGGAAUGUUGGAAUUCAAUCUCUUCGGCAUUCAAUGCCUAUUACAUUUGAUAGUGGAUCGGGAAGCCCUUUGGGUCCAUGGAUUCGAUCGGUUGAGUCGAUCCACACUCUGUAUGAUUGGAGUGCAGGGAGAGUCGGGUCAAUACAAACACUAUGACGUCCACUCUUUGUAUGGCCUAUCGAUGGCUAUUCCCACACAAAAGGCGUUGAAUGAAAUAACGGGUAAAAGAGGUUAUGUCUUAUCGCGAUCAACAUUUGUAUCGUCGGGACAAUACACGGGUCACUGGUUGGGAGACAACCGAAGCAAAUGGUCUCAUAUGAAGGACUCAGUGAUAGGAAUGUUGGAAUUCAAUCUCUUCGGCAUUCCUUAUGUUGGGGCAGAUAUUUGUGGAUUCAAUGAUAAGACUACACCAGCUCUCUGUCGUCGUUGGCAACAAUUGGGAGCAUUUUAUCCGUUUAGUCGAAACCAUCACAACGGAUGGGGCGGUGAUGUUCAGGACCCCGCAGUUUGGGCAGACAUUGGACAUCCGGAAGUGACUGAAGCGGCUAAACAAUCACUUCGUGUCAGAUAUCAAUUACUUCCCUAUUUAUAUACCCUUUUCUUCAAAGCCCACGUAUUGGGCAAUACUGUUGUCAGACCUCUGUUUCACGAAUACCCGACUGAUCCGCAAACCUAUGGUAUAGACGAGCAGUUUAUGUGGGGAUCAGUUGUACUCUUUUCGCCAUUUCUUUAUGAAAAUCAGACAGAAGUGAAUGCAUACCUUCCCGACGAUGUCUGGUAUGAGCCGAGCGUUGAGUUUGUGAAACUGGUGCCAAAGACAGGUCACGUCAAACUGCAGGAC